CUGAACUUGACCUUUCCCCAAAAGUACAACCACUACCAACUAUCUUUUAUAAUAAAUAAUUAAAAAUUUUAUUAAAUUGCAGUUGGUUUAAUUUAAAUAUGGUUCGCGUUCCUUUGGCAACGGGAAAAAUCUCUAAAGUUCUUCUAAACAGUCAGUUCCCUCGUGGCUUACGAACAGUUACCACAGCUGCAACUGCAUCUAGUGUUGAUCCCUCGAUCGUCCCUGAAGAACGGGACAAACCCUUCCCUGUCCAGCUUAAGGAUGGUGUCUUUGAAGGCUACAAGAUUGACAUUCCCUCUAUGAACAUGGAGGUUACCAGAAACGAAUUAAUGGAUUUGUAUGAAACUAUGGUUACUAUUCGUCGUCUUGAGCUUGCCUGCGAUGGUCUUUACAAAGCAAAAAAAAUUCGUGGUUUCUGCCAUCUUAGUGUCGGCCAAGAGGCUGUAGCCGGUGGUAUGGAGAGUGCUAUUACUCCUGAAGAUAGUAUUAUCACUUCUUACAGAUGUCACGGAUUUGCCUAUACUCGUGGAUUGGCACCCCGUGCCAUUAUUGGUGAAUUGAUGGGACGUGUAUGCGGUGCUUCCAAGGGUAAAGGUGGUUCUAUGCACAUCUUUGCUCCCAAUUUCUAUGGUGGUAACGGUAUUGUUGGUGCUCAGGUUCCUUUGGGAGCUGGUAUUGGAUUUGCUCAAAAGUACUUGAACAAGCCCAACGUUACAUUUGCCCUUUAUGGUGAUGGUGCUGCAAACCAAGGUCAAGCGUUCGAAGCUUUUAACAUGGCUAAGCUUUGGGGUCUUCCUGUUGUGUUUACUUGUGAAAACAACAAGUAUGGUAUGGGUACUAGUGCUGAACGCUCUUCUGCCAUGACUGAAUAUUACAAGCGUGGUCAAUACAUUCCUGGUCUCCGUGUUAACGGAAUGGAUGCUUUAGCUGUUAAGCAAGCUUGCAAGUUCGCCAAGGAGUACACUGUUCAAAACAGCCAACCUUUGAUGAUGGAGUUUGUCACUUAUCGUUAUGGUGGUCACUCCAUGUCUGACCCCGGUACCACUUACCGUACCCGUGACGAAGUUCAACAAAUGCGUGCUGCCAAGGAUCCUAUUGAGGGCCUUAAGCGUCAACUUAUGGAAUGGGGUGUUGCCAAUGCUAAUGAAUUGAAGAACAUUGAAAAGAAAGUUCGUUCUUUCAUUGAUGCUGAAGUUAAGAUUGCUGAGGAAAGCCCCUUCCCUGAACCUACCCAUGAGAAUUUGUAUUCUGACAUCUUUGUUAAGGGAACUGAGGACAAGAAUGCUCGUGGCCGUAACACUUUGGAGUGGAAGAAUUAGGAAAAUCUUAUGCUUAUGGAAGUCUUGUAGAAGCAAAUCUGAUCUUUGUGAAUUACAUUAACUUGGCCUUUCGACAUUUGGAAAUCGUACAGUAUCCGGUUUAAUACGGUUUUUCUACUCAUUGCGAAAACAAAAGAAGGCCUAUUUGUAAUGGUAUCAAACGAUUUACUGAUAAGUUUGGCAGAAUUGACAUUGGUUUACUGUUCAAAUGGAUAGCCUCGUUCUUGUUAUAUGAAAAGAAGGUAUAAUUUCUAGGAUAGUACGAUAAUUUUAGCUUUUAUGAUAUAAUAAUUUCAUAGAGUAACUAAAACUGAACCGGUAGCUAAAUUUAUUAGUUUUAUUACUGUA